AUGAAAAAAAGAUCAGAUAAUGGAGAAACUGAGCUAUUUCAAAUUGCAAUAUUGUACACGCGGAUUAUUCUCUCUCGUAAUGCAACCCCAGCAAACGUUUUACAAAUAUAUAGACCAAAUUUCAGUUUGACAAAUCACUUUCAGUUACGAAUUUCAGAGAAUAUGCAGGAAAUCAGUAGUAUUGCUGUGGUACUACUGUGUUUUGUUCCGUCGCAAUCCAAGUCACCAGAGAUAUAUUUUCUUCAUGUGUCGUCUGAAAUAGACUUUCGCUUUGCUAAGACAGUUGUUACCAGUAAGGUAGUCAAUAAAGAGCCAACUGCAAGCGAAGCUCUGUUUGAUCUGACCCUCCCCACCGAGGCCUUCAUUACCAUUUUUAAAUUAAUUAUAAAUGGCAAGGAAAUUGAGGGAAAGGUUAAAGAAAAGGAACAAGCCAAACAAGAAUAUGAAGCUGCAAAAUCCCAAAGUCGAAGUGCUGGACAUAUUGUUGCCAAGUCAAGAGAAACCAACAAAUUUCAAAUACAAGUCAACAUUGCGGCCACAGAAAAAGUGACAUUCCAGCUGACAUACCGGGAACUUCUGAAGAGAACAACAGGACUGUAUGACCAUGUCAUAUACAUCAACCCUAGGCAGGUAGUGGACGACCUGAAAAUCCACGUCUUGAUCAAGGAGACCAGUAACAUUACAACAAUCAAGACUCCACUGUUAAGGAACGAUCUACUAACUGAAGGACCAGAGGGAACAAAUGAGUUAGCAGUUGUCGAUCGCCUAUCUCCAACAAAAGCUUUUGUAUCCUUUGCGCCGUCGAGAGCCGAACAAAAGUCAGGCAUUUCUGGUCAGUUCAUUGUCCAAUAUGAUGUAGAUAGAAGCGAAGACGCAGGGGAUUUAAUUUUUAUGGACGGUUACUUUGUUCAUUUCCUGGCACCAGAAGAAGUCAAACCAAUGCCGAUGGACAUUGUGUUUGUUUUGGACAAAAGUGGAUCAAUGUUAUUGACAAAAAUGGCCCAACUUCAAGAAUCAAUGAAAAAAAUUCUAGAUGAUGUGAAGGCAGAAGACAAGAUAAUGAUCAUAGCAUUUCAUUCUUCUUUAAGUUACUGGAAAGCAGACAGCUUCGUUCAAGCAACACCUAAAAAUAUAAAGAAUGCUAAAGAUUACAUAAAAAAUAUAAACGCCAAUGGAGGAACGAAUAUAGAUCUAGGAUUAAGAGACGGAAUUCAGAAACUUACUCAGAUAAGUGAUAACAAUGGGCGUGCCCCGGUUUUAGUUUUUCUAACAGACGGAGAAGCCACUGUAGGAGAAACAAACACUGAACGCAUCAUGAACAAUUGGAAAAAGGAGAAUGAAGCAAAAAUUCCAAUUUUUAGCGUAGCGUUUGGACGAGAGGCUGAUUUUGAUAUCGUGAAAAAAGUUGCAGCGCAAAACAAUGGUUUUGCCAGAAAAAUAUAUGAAGACUCCGACGCUGCUCUUCAAAUUGCUGGAUUUUAUAAAGAAAUUUCCACUGUUCUUUUAAAAGAUGUAAAAUUUAACUACGUUGAUGGCACCUUGUUUGACACAGAAGUUACCAACACCGUAUUUAAAACUUAUUUCAGGGGUUCAGAAAUGGUUGUUUCUGGAAAAGUCAAAGAUCUUAAAAAAUUACAAUCAGGACUAAUUGUAAAUGGUACGGGAAUUGGCAAUCAAGAGGUAGAGUUUCAGGUACCUUCAAAUUGGUGUAUAAUUCUUCCACCGCCCCACCCGACACCUUUUCGACAUCCGACCUCUGAACCAGUUGUAACUACAAGACAUCCAAGCAUCAUAGAGAAACUUUGGGCCUACAUGACCGUUAAGCAAUUGUUGAAGCAGAAAGAUGCACUAGAUUCAGAGGCGGAGCUAAAGAAGUUAGACGAGAAGAUUCUCCGGCUUUAACUUAAGUAUCAGUUUGUGACUCCUUUGACAUCUAUGGUGGUUACGCUGCCAGACAAGACCAAAGCAAACCCUAACGAGGCAAAAAGCUUGGAUACAAAUAUGGAUAUGGAUUCAUUUAAUGAAAAUGUGCCAGCGCCAAUAAUAAAAAGUAAGUUACAUUCGCACACUAUUGAACUUGCAAAUUGA